AGUAAGAAAUGUCAACAUAGUUAUACGUGUUUCAAGCCUUCUGUCGAAAGAAAACCAUGUCAAUACUUACUAUUUGAAGCAAUAAAAUAAAUCAUGAAAUAUAUCUUCAAGUUACAGACAUUCUGCAUAUGCCUCAUUUGCAUGUGUAGGUUUACAGGUGCUUUACACUUGAAGGGAACAUGGAGAACGUCAGAUUUUUUCUUAUUUUUGGCAAAGUUUGGAUUUCAGAAAACUGACCCGGGUCUUUUAUCAGAUACUCAAGGUUUUGUGUAUGGAAAUAUAACAGCAAAGGAUAAGAAAAACAAUAAUUAUUUUACUCUAGUUCUUGUUGACAGCGAUUAUUUCUUAGAAUUUUAUGGAAACCUUACUCUUUAUGGGGCGGAAAAUUGUGAAAAAAUGUUUCACAAAAUUGACACAAUGGCAUUUGAUUACCCGUGCCAUGCUGAUCCUGCUCAUGGAGAGGACUUCCUUCGAAAAGUUCCAUGUCCAGUUGGAAAGUUAUGCAAAGAUGAAGAUAACCCUGCCAAUGUUCUUCCAGGUUACCAGUUUACGUACAAAGUACAAAAUUCCGUACAGCCAAGGUUUUGGUACCUUAGUCUCGUUGCUUGUCAAAGACCUUCGAAAACCUGCAAAUGGACUGAAAUCAGAACUUUAAACAUCGAAGUUGACUAUGAUAUAUGGCUCGUAAAUGGAGACCCAGCGUCAAAACACCUUAACCCAUUUGAGCAUCAGUUUUCAUUUGAAAUGCAUGAUGUGUUUGAAAUUUAUGCCAUAUUUUUCGUCGUGUAUAUACCAACAUUGAUAGUAUGGCUUUAUGCUUACCUUAAACAAGUUCAUAGGAUUACAAAAAUGUUGACAGCGUGCAUAGUUACAGAGUUUACAGGAAUUGUUUUUAAUUUCUUACAUGUGUUCAUUUUUUCAUUUAAUGGUAUUGGUGCUUCAUGGUUAAAAGUGCUUGGAAACUUUUUAGGAAUAUUUGCUGAGUGCCUAUUUAUGCUAUUACUGUUAGUAGUUGCAAAAGGAUGGACUAUUACCACUAUGAAGUUAUCAUCAAAGAAACAGAUUUUCUGUUUUUGGGGCAUCUAUACAUUACUGAAUGCUGUCUUCUUCAUCAUGAGUCUUAUAAAGAUGGACAUUAUCACCAACGUUGAUGAAUGGAACUCAUGGCCCGGCUACUUGAUCGUGGGGUUCCGUGUGAUCAUCAUGGUCUGGUUUUUCCUCGAGCUGCGAGCCACAAUACGACAUGGCCAACACAGUCCCAGAUUGGAUUUUUUCCACCAGUUUGCAGCCUUCUACCUAGUCUGGCUUCUCUAUCUACCUGUCCUUGUUCUCAUCGCUGAUCAAAUAUCAUACUUGUGGCGAUAUAAAACCAUUCUCAGCAUUAUGUAUGCAGCAGACUGGCUGUCAUAUGUAGUUCUCAUUCAUCUGUUUUGGCCAACGAGAUCUGUGCUGUACCUGAUAAAGGGAGACACGCCCCUUCCUCAGUAUGACCUUGAAGCAGCCGGCUUGAUUGACAUGGAGGAGGAGACAGUGUUUGAAACUCCACCCACAAGUGUGUACAGGGAACCGCACAGACUAAUCAAGCAGGAAACCAGACUUCCUGUCAUACAUGAAACCAGUCUGGGCACCACAAAGAUGAAAGCAAGAAGAAUAAGUGGGGACAGUCUACCAAAAACAAGAGGGAGUAAAACCAAUCUUUUGGAGAGCGAAUCUUCAGAAUCUAGUCCAUCCCAUGAUAAUUAUAAAGCAAAUGGGACAGUUUACACUGAUGUUAAUUUAGUUGAUGAUAUUGAAUUUGAAAACUUUGAAAUGUUAUGAGACUGUAGGAGGUAUUUUUAGCUUGUCUGUCUUAUGAAGAAAGGUCAAAGGUCAAGGAAAUGUCUUGGCCUUGUUGUUGUCAGCAUUGGUUACUAAAAAUAACUUCAAAGAUAUUCAAAAGGAAUGUCAUGUCAUGCUCAUGUUGCAAGAGACAAUAAGCACAUGUAUGGCAAGACCUGAAAAUCUGGCUUUAAUGAUUGUUGAGUUAUGCCCCUUGUUUGACCAAAAAAACAAACAGGCAAGCGUAAGUUUCACUCAGUGGUGCUUUUGUUUGUUUUAGUCACAAACAGCUUUAAGUAUGUGAUAGAUCUCUUUGCUUAUAGGACAAUUCUUCAAAAAUCUUCUCAGAGCAUGAAAAUAAGAUUAAAGAAGCUUAGCUUUUCUCAUUUUUUUUUUUGUUUAAUUUUUUUACAGCAAGAAAAUAGAUAAACAACUGCAUUUGUAUAAGAACUUGUGACUUCAAUCCUGGCAUUCGAACUUCAUUUACUAACAUUUUUGCCUAAUAACAGCUUGUUUGAAUACUUGAUCAUAAACCCUGCUAAAUGAUAUUGUUAUAAUAUUUUAUUCCAUUUGUUUUAAUAUUUUUGAAUCAUUUUGUUUCAAUAUUAAUAAUACAUGUACAUGUAGUUUGAUGGUUCGAUAUUUUAGAGGAAUAUGGGGUGUUUUAGUUUUUCAUCUUUAAAGCUAGAAAGCUUUCUUUUACUUAUGAACAAACAUGUAAGCUAUGUUGUUGGUUUAGCUGUGAUAUUUAUGUACAUACUCGAACAUCUAUUAUUUGGUUGUUUUGUUUUUAUCCUUAUAAUUCAAUCAUUCAAUGUUUGAAGAUAAGAUUUAUGAUGGUAAUGAAAUGUAUCCUUUUCUUCAUACAUUCACCUUAUCACUCCUGCUAACUACAUGUAUAUCCUCAUUGACGCUGCUUUUUACAAUGAAGUUAUUUAUUUUAUGCUUUCUGGUUGUGUUUUAAGAUUUUAGUCCGUUCUCAGUGCGUACAGGUCUGGGACACAAUUUCUGGACAUCAUUUAUGAAAUUACAAUAAGUUUGCAUACAAUUUGGCACAAUUUUCUGAAAGGCUAUAAUAAAAUGUCAUUUAUAUUUUUUUAAGGCAUUUAAUAGAAAUAAAAAUUGUUUGUUUCACUGUAAUGAGUAUCUAUGCCACUCAUAAAAUAAAGCUAGGGUGCUAAAUCGGUGAAACAUAUAACAAUCUUACACACAAACCAACUAUUAUCCUCUAUAUAACUUGGGCAUUACAUGCAUGCCAUAUUUCUGAGAGGCUUCCCAGAGGAUUUGGUCUGAAUUCCAGGGGAUUUUGAAAUUACACCAGGGGAUUUUUACGCGGCGAAAAUUUGCGCAAUAUCUGCAUUUAUAAUAUAAGAAUAAAUACAGAAAUACACUCAAAUUAUAAUAGUUUUUGGACUUAGUUUUUUUAGCUCCACUGGCCGAAGGCCAUGGAGCUUAUGUCGUCACAGAUUGUCCGUCGUGAGUGCGUGCGUGCGUGCGUGUGUGCGUGCGUAAACUUUUACUUUAAACGACAUCUCCUCUGAAACUGAUAAGCGGAUUUUGACAAAACUUCACAGGAAUGUUCCUUUGGUGGUCCUUUAUUAAAAUUGCUCAAAUGGUUCUGGUCCAUUGCACAAUAUGGCCGCCACAGCUAAAAAUAGCAAAAUCUUUAAACGACAUCUCCUCUGAAACGGAUAGGCGAAACUUGACAGAAUUGUUCCUUGGGUGGUCCUUAACCAAAAUUGCUCAAAUGGUUCCGGUCCGCUGCACAACAUGGCUGCCAGGGCAAAAAAAUAGAAAAACCUUUAAAGAACAUCUUCUCAGAAACCGAUGAUCAGAUUUUGAUGAAACUUAACAGAAAUGUUCCUUGGAUGGUCCUUUAUCAAAUUUGCUUCAAUGGUUUCGGUCCACUGCACAAGAUGGCCCCCAGAGGUAAAAAUAGAAAAACCUUUAAACGACUUCUCCUCAGAAACCGAUGAUCGUAUUGCAAUGAAACUUGACAGAAAUGUUACUUGGGUAGUCCUUAACCAAAAUAGCCCAAACAGUUCUGGUCUGCUGCACAACAUGGGCACCAGAGCUAAGAAUAGAAAAAAACGUUAAACUACAUCUUCUCAGAAACCGAUUAUCAGAUUUUGAUGAAACUUUACAUAAAUGUUCAUCGGGAUGCCCUUUAACCAAAAUUGCCCAAAUGGUUCCGGUCCGCUGCACAACAUGGCUGCGAGAGUUAAAAAUAGAAAAACCUUUAAGGACUUCUCGUCCGCAGUCUUCACGAAAAACAUUUUAACCUACUAGCCAGUUGGACUAGCAUAAUGGCAUAUUUUACUAGUCCGAAUGACAAUCUAGUAGUCCGACUAUUUUGCCACAUUAUAAAACUGUAUGCUUGAGGUAAAUACCUAUUUCAAUUGAGCAGCUUGCAGUUUGAGUACACAUUUCUUUAUUAUGAUGCUCAUGCAGUGAUAGGGAGUGACAUCCUUCUGUUGGGAAUAGUGCUCCUUGUUUUUCAGAACCUAUGGGUACUAUGUAAAAACAAAAGGCAUCUUGCUUGAAUAGACUGUAAUAAUAUCAACAUGGUUAGAAAAGAAAUGCCAUGCUUUAAUAGCUUUGAUUACAUUUUACUACUGAAUUACCUCCUUAAUUUUUCACCUAUAGCAUCUUUAAAUAAUUUUUAAGUAAACAUAUAAGCAUAAAGUUCUCACAAAAAGAUCAAUUUAAAAACCUUACAUUUAUACAUAGGAAAGUAUAUAUAGACUGAACAUUAAUUUUCGUUUAAGUGACAUUCUGAAAGUUUAUGAAACAGCUAUUUUUAGUAACUUAAAUGGCCGAAAAGUGUAAGUGAAACACCAAGUCGAUUCUAUCUCGUCAGUUCUUGUUCAGGUUAGAUAUUUGCUUCAUAAUCUAUUCAGAUUAAAUGUUAACCGAUGAUCAGAUUUUGAUGAAACUUGACAGAAAUGUUCCUUGGGUGGUCAUUAACCAAAAUUUGUUAAAUGGUUCCAGUCCACUGCACACCAUGGCUGCCAGAGCUAAAAAAUAAAAAAAACUUUAUACGACUUGUCGAAACCGAUGACCUUUUUUCGAUAAAACUUGACAGAAAUGUUUGUUUGGUGCUCCUUUACUCAAAUUGCCCAAAUCAUUUCGGUCCACUGCACAACAUGGCAGCCAGAGCUAUUAAAGUAAAAAAUUUUUUUAAAUAACUUCUCCUCAAAAAUUGAUGAUUGUAUUUCUAUGAAACUUGACGAAAAUGUUCGUUAGGUGGUCUUUGCUUGAACCUUUUGGCCAGUGGAGCACAGGCACUGAUGUGCCUCUUGUUUUUUAAAUUACAGGGGAUAUGGAUCCCCAGGCGGGGGACCAGGGGAUGGAUUUUUCCCCCUGUUGGGGGAUAUGGCAUGUAUGGCAUUAAUUAGGGUUGCUGAUGUCUUUAUGAGUGAAAGGGAACUGAUUUGCUUUGCUUUCUCUACAUUUUGUUAAUAUUUAACAAUAACUUUUACUUCCUGAACAUAAACACCAAUGCUUUUAAAUAUAUGUACAUAUGUAACAAUGGGCCAAUUGUUCAGAACUUUGUUAAAGUUAACGAUGUUGUUAGAGUCAUCGUUGUUAACUUUUAAAUAUUCACAGUUCUGGACUUUGAUGGAUACAUUAAAAUUUGUAAUCUGUAGUAUAUCUAACAGGAUUUGAGACAAUUAUGUACUUGUUCUUUUAAAAUAUAUGAGCAUAUAAUCAACUAUUUACAUUCAAAAGUUAACAACCAUGUUGUUAAUCACGUUGUUAACUUGAACAAAGUUCUGAACAAACAGCCAAUUAUCAGAAACAAAGCAUUAUUUUACCUACACACAUUGAAAGAGAUCUAUAAUUAUCAGGUUGUAAACUUGAAAGAAAGUGUGUCCUGUUUUAGUUUCAAUUGUGUUUGCCAUUGUUGAUAAUUUAUAUUAUCUGUCCAUAAAACAAUAAAGCUUUAUUUUGCCUACCAUUGAUUUUAAAGGGCUCUUAAAAUGAGUAUAUUCAAUUCUAUAUACUGUGAAUUUUCUUACCUCUUCUAUUGUUUUAUUAUACUGGUAAUUAUAAUUAUUUUUGUCAGAAAUGUAUCAAGGUUGUUACAUUUUUUGUGAAUUAUUUAUCCAAAUCUUGUCUAUUUUUGCUGUAUUUAUUUGCUUAGGUGAGAUAAUUAUGCCCCCCUUCGAAGAAGAGGGGUAUAUUGCUUUGCACAGGCAUGUCGGUCGGUCGGUCCGUCGGUAGACCAAAGCUUGUCCGAGUGAUAACUCAACAAUUCAUGGACGUAUGGUCAUCAAACUUCACAUGAAUGUUGGGCCUGACCAGUAGAUGACCCCUAUUGAUUUUGGGGGUCAUCGGGUCAAAGGUCAAGGUCACAGUGACCUUUAAUGGUAAAAUAAUUUUAAAGCUUGUCCGAGUGAUAACUCAACAAUGCCUGCACCCAUGGCCCUCAAACUUGACAUGGAGGUUGGGCCUGACCAGUAGAUGGCCCCUAUUGUUUUUGGGGGUCAUCAGGCCAAAGGUCAAGGUCACAGUGACCUUGAAUGGUAAAAGGUUGUCCGAGUGAUAACGUGACAAUGCCUGCACCCAUGGCCCUCAAACUUGACUUGGAGGUUGGGCCUGACCUGUAGCUGACCCCUAUUGUUUUUUGGGAUCAAUGGGUCAAAGGUCAAGGUCACAGUGUCCUUGAAUGGUAAAAGGUUGUUCGAGUGAUAACUCAACAAUGCCUGCACCCAUGGCCCUCAAACUUGACUUGGAGGUUGGGCCUGACCACUAGAUGACCCCUAUUAUUUUUGGGGGUCAUCUGGCCAAAGGUCAAGGUCACAGUGACCUGGAAUGGUAAAAGGUUGUCCGAGUGAUAAGUGGAGGUUGGGCCUGAUCAGUAGAUGACCCCUAUUGAUUUUAGGGGUCAAAGGUCAAGGUCACAGUGACCUUGAAAGCAAACUCGACAAUUCUUGGACCUAUGGUCAUCAAACUUGACAUGAAGGUUGGGCCUGCCCAGUAGAUGACCCCUAUCGACUUUGGGGGUCAUCAGGCCAAGGUCAAUGUCACAGUAACCUUUAACGCAAAAAAGUUAGCAAAUCUUCCCCCACUGAUAUCUCAACAAUGCCUGAACCUAUGAUCAAUAAACUUGACAUGGAUGUUAAGCCUGACCAGUAGAUCACCCUUAUUGAUUUUAGGAUUCAUAGAGCCAAAGGUCAAGGUCACAGUGAUCUUGAAUGGUAAAAGGUUGUCCGAGUGAUAACUCAACAACGCCUGAACCCAUGGCCUUCAAACUUGACUUGGAGUUGCAUCUGACUUGUAGAUGACCCCUUAUGAUUUAAGGGGUCAUCGGGUCAAAGGUCAAGGUCACAGUGACCUUGAACGAAAAAAACUUGUCUUGUGAUAACUUGACAAAGCCUGCACCCAUGGCCCUCAAACUUGACAUUUAGGUUUCUGGUGACCAGCUGAUGACUCUGGAUUUUGAGUUCUUAGAGUCAAAGGUCAUGACGGUCAUAACACACUUUAUCCUCACACUUAAAUGGUCAUAAUCUUAAAACAGCAACAAAUCAGCUGUCAUUUCAUUCCAUGCAUAUUUCAUUCAAUUGUCCAUAUAAUCCUGACAACAUGGCGCUCAGGGGGGGCAUAAUGUUUGACAAACAUCUCUUGUUAUUAAUAUAUUCUCAUUUAACUUACACUGGAAAUGGCAGCUGUCAAUCAUUGAGAUUUCUUGAGAGAGAAAAAAUCAUCAGAAAAUUUAGUAUUAAAAAUGUUAAAAUAUAUAAAAAUAAAAUGGAUACAAUACCCAGAUUUGAUUAUAAUAACUUAAUUAACCUGUAUGCUGUAAUGGUAGAUUUUAUGAGUGUUUCAUUAAAUGGUUGUUUUAUCUCUGAGCAUCUAUGUUGCAAAUGAGUAUUGACCAUGGUCAUUGUAAAAAAAAUAAUUGGUGUCCUCAUAAAAGAGAAUCUACAUACUCAUAAAGUCGCCAAAUAGCUUAAUAAGAUAUUGUGUAUAUUGUUACUACAUGUAUACAUAUAAAGAUUCUUAAUCACAUAAAAACAAUAUUGACUUGUAUCUUAUAAAGAUUCUCGUUUCUCAUAAAGAUACAUGUGCGUAUUAUAUAAUAUAUAAAGAUUUGUGUAUCUUUAAAGAUUAUUUGAUCUUAUAAUAUAAUGGUAUCUGAUAAUAUUUGUGUAUCUUAUAAGGAUUUUCGUAUUUCAAAAUGGUUAUCGUAUCUUAUAAAGAUUCUUUUCAAUUUUAAAGAUUAUUGUAUAUUAUUAAGAUUCUUGUAUCUUGUAAAGAUUUUUUAUAUCUUAUAAAGAUACUUGUAUCUUAUAGAGAUUUUUGUGUUCAUACUCACGAGUCUUCCCGGUGGAAAGAAGCGUUGGAUCUUGAUUUAUUGAGUGCAAGCAAGUGCUGUGUAUGAAUGUACUGUAGACUUGUUCCACCUUAAGAGUUGCUCAAAUAGUUACAUGUAUUAUACAUGUAUUAUAUUUAGUAGUUAGGAAUAAAGGCCGUACCAAAUUGAUUAUAUGUUUAGUUUAAACUUUAUAUAAUUUUAUUUUAAUCACUCUUGUUGGCACGAUGUUCCACGAGAGUGUGGUCUUGUGUUGUGGGGGGGAUCAGAGUACCCGGAGAAAAUCCGCUUCUCCAACUUGGUGACUACAAACCAAACUCCCAUAAUUUUUUAUAUGUUUAGGGUCAGGUUCCAAUUUAAUAACCAACCUAGUUGGCAGGAAAUAAACAAAUAUGCCAAAAAAAACAAUAACCCAUUCUCUGGACAUCAAAUGGCCUCCGAUGGUUAAUUUCACUAAAAUGUGAUGAUAGCAAUUCACAAUAGGGUAGGAUCAAUAUGGCAUGACAAAAUUUUCCUUUGAUGACAUGACUCAUUCAGUGAUAAUUAUUACUCAUUCCAUAUUGGAACUUGUAUUUUUUAGCAGAUAAUGGGCUGAUUGUUCAGAAGUUUACAACAAUGUUAAAAUCAUUUAUUUUACUAUUAAAAGGUGAAAUUAUUUUGUAUCAUACUCAUAUACUUAGAUAAAACAUCUGAAACCUGUGUCUCAAACUUUGUAAGGAAAACUGUAAAUGACAUGCAUGCCCAUUUAAGUUUCGGAGGAGUAAAGAUUUAAAAGUUAACAAUGAGGUCGUUAACAUUGUUGUUAACUUUUAACAAAGUUCUGAACAAUCAACCCAAUGUAUACAUGUUAUUAAAGAGAGUAUCAGAAUUAUCUAAUGCUCAAGAAUUUAUUAACAAUUAUAUUUCUUAUAAACCAUACCAUGUACAUAUGUUUGAUUUUUAUCAAAGUAUUGUAAAGCCAAGCCAUUCAUAAAAUAAUAUUAAAAUAAACCUCAUUUUUUUAUAAUCAAGAUGUAGAGAUUGAAUAAGUAAAAAUGAUACUCAAGAACUUUUUUAUUACUUUUAAAAAAAAUGUCUGUCUACUUCAUAUAUUUUGUACAACGAAAGAAUUAACUUAUAUUUAUUAUACUACCUGUAUGCAUGUCUGGAAAAGAAACUUAUACAUGUGUGGCUAAUAAGUGCCAGGUCCCAAUUUCUCAAAAUUUCGGGGGUAUUAUAACUAAAAAAAUAUAGCAUAAGUGGUUAAACUAUCAAUUGUUCACUUAACCAAAUUACUUGCUCAAGUUUAAUUUUAUAGACCAAAACAUAUUUGAUCAACAUUUGUUUUUAAACAAUUUCCUUGUAAAGUCUCAAAACUCAUUUAAAGAAGAAAAGUUAUACAAUUUAUACUGAAACAAAAAUAGUGAGCUCAGCUUGACCCUAUAAUUGUUUGAGAAGUUUGGGCCUUAACUUCCAUAAGGGCAGUAUGUUUACUUUUUGUUGCCUUUUCCAAAGUUAAUGUUUCACUUCAGUAUUAAGAUGUGUGGUCACUGGUUGUUAUUUCUUUUAAUAGAAACUGUUUUCCAUUUCAUUGAGUAUUGAUUGCUUCUUGCCAAGAAUAAAAUUAUAAGUGCUAGCUACAUGUAUGAUAUGAUUAGUUUAUUUAUGUGUUUUGCGAGUUUCAACAAAGUAUCAAAGAAAUAACAGCAACUGUAGCAGGAAUCUAAAGUCUGUAGGAGUGUUAUAUAGUUUGGUUUGCUUUAAUUAUGUAUUUCAGCUAAAUUGUUUUUUUAAAGAAAAUAAAUAAAGUGUUGUCAUGCUUGGUGUCAUUAUUGUUGACAUUGUUGUGCAAAACUUAAACCUUGCCUCAACGCUUAAACAUUUCAAGAAUUUGAAAUAAAACUUGGUAUAUAGGUUCUCAGAGAAUCAGAAUUAUAGCUAUCCCCAUAACUCUUGUUUAAAUAACUGUUGAGUUAUGCCCCUUUUUCGACUGAAACAAAUAUGGCAGAUAAGCGUCGACUUUUUUGCUCAGCGACUCCCCUGUUUUUACUAAUUAAGUAUCAUGUUUUGUUUUAUAUCAUCCCAGUUUGCUCAUUCCAUAAACGGCCAUACCAGCAUUCCAAUUACUGUUUUAGUAAUUUUAUUACUUUUGCUGUGUUAAUGUACAUGUAUCCGGUAUUCUACUUACAAAUUCCAUUGCCAAUAUUUAUUAUAUUAAUACAUAAAUAAGAAUAAGAACAACAUUAUGACACCAAAUCACCUGGAUAUAAAUAUUCAUAACUAUUUUACCAAGAAAUAUUCUAGUCAUAUGAAAAUCCUGGACAAAUGAAGACAUGUUGACUGGAGUUAAUAAAUUCUAGGAUUGUCAUAGUCCAUUUUAUUGCUGUAUCAAUAAUGUAAGAGAUCAUGUGACAUACCGUAAUAUUUACACCUCAACUUCCGUUCCUUAAAUGAACUGCCUUUCGGCAAUUGCGUUCAUCGAUCGAUAAACGCAACAUCUUCGGAUCGUAAUUCAUUGCAUAACAAUAUACAUGAAAGCUAUUGAUCUUGUUAUUGUUUGUAUUGUGCGUGCAGGUCCCGUAAAAUAUAGAUCAACAUUUUUAAAUGUGUAAGUUUAUUAUAUUUUAAAUAUAUUCGUACUAGAAUUGUUUUAAUUUUACCAUUUAAAGUGAUUUCAAGUGGUUGAUCUUUUCCCGCGUUAUUGUGACGUCAUUUGAAAAAAAUGUUUCCGGUUAUAGUCGGGUCGUUCUAUUUACAGAAUGGGUAAGAACGGAUUACUGAAAGGUUUUCUUCAAUGAAAUGAAGUAUUUUUUUAACAAUUCUUGAAUGAAAUAAUGAACUAUUGGUGUAAAUAUAAGAAUGAAUUGCAGGGUUGAUGUCAUUAUCGGGGAUAUGAACGCAAUUGGGUUGGUCAAAGUACGCGUGGAGUCCUUCGGUAAAUCUCUCCAUCGGUUAAACACUUGUUAAUAUUUAUAUCAGGGUGGUUUGACCUCUUCAAUUCUGACAACUCAUCUGGUCAUUUAAGUACAUUAUUAUUAUUAUUAUUAUUAUUAUUAUUAUUAUUAUUAUACAAAAUGAGUUAGAGAGGUGAAAUAAACAAAUUAUAGACUUGAUUCUGAACUUGUACAUUCCCGGCUUUCCGUUGUUUUUUAGCACAAGCCAUACUGUACAUGAGUUUUUAGUUCCAAAUAGUGUAUACUCGUUUUAAUUUUGUUUUAUUUGUUUUCUUCUAUACAAUUCUUAUUUACAUAUAUUAUCUUGAAAUUUCAUCCAGCCUUCAGCAGAAAUGUUAAACUUUGAUGCUUGGUGACCACAUAUAAUUUUAGUAUCAUUUAAAAGGGUAAUUUUAGCUUACUGAUUACUUAUAUAUAAAAUAAAUGAAAAUACAUUACAUAUAAAGUUAUGGCAGUUUGUAUUUUUGUUCUGUUAUUCUGUGAAAUUUGAAGAGAAAUUAUUAUCUUUUUCUUAAUCCUCUUCUUAUUUAACCCUUUUAUAUGAUACCAAAUUUAUAUGGGGUCACCAUUCCAAUUACUGUACAUCUGUUUCCUUAAUAAUCAUCAUGUUAACGAAUAUCAAUUAUUCAAUUAUUUUUGUUUAUAAUACAUCUUAUUCUGACAUCUACAAAAACAGCUAUUUCCUCUUACUUGUCAAUAACCUAAUGUUAAAAAUAUUAAGCAUUGAAAUAGAUGAUUUGCUUUAUUGUCUGUGCUUUAUAGCCAAUGUUUUAUAUAUUUUUGAGCCAAAUCUGUAACAGUGUUUCAAGUGUUUGCUAUUGAAUCUAUGGUUCACAUUAAGCCUUCAAGUUUCUUCACUCUCUACCCUAGUUAUUCAAAUUAUACUCAAGCACAUUGCUAAGUUGUAUUAUUUCAAUCACAAGGGUUUGUGGGUGACAUACGGUAAUUAUUUAGUUACAUGUUGUCAAGGAAGACAUUCAAUAACUAGUGCUCAGAUAUUAUUAUGUCUCCCCCUCUCUGGGGGAGACAUAUUGUUUUUGCCCUGUCCGUCAGUCCGGUAGUCCGUCAGUCCGUCCGUACGUCACACUUCGUUUCCGAUCGAUAACUGGAAAACCGCAUGACCUAGGAUCACCAAACUUGGUAGGGAGGUUGGUCGUGAGGUGUAGAGGAUCCCUAAAGUUUUUGGGGUCACUAGGUCAAAGGUCAAGGUCGCGGCGACCCCCAAUAUAAAAAACAUUUCUGCUCAAAAUCUUGAGAACGGUUUGACCUAGGUUCACCAAACUUGGUAGGGAGGUUGGUCAUGAGGUGUAGAAGAUCCCUAUUGUUUUUGGGGUCACUAGGUCAAAGGUCAAGGUUGCGGCGACCCUCAAUGUAAAAAACAUUUCCGCUCAAUAUCUUGAGAAUGGUUUGACCUAGGUUCACCAAACUUGGUAGGGAGGUUGAUCAUGAGGUUUAGAAAACUCCUAUAUUUUGGGGGGUCACAAGGUCAAAGGUCAACGUCGCUGUGACCUCUAAUGUAAAAAAAUAUUUCCGUGCAAUAUCAGGAGAAUGCUUUGAUCUAGGUUCACCAAACUUUGAAGUGAGGUUGGUCAUGAUGUCUAGAUGAUCCCAAUUGUUUUGGGGGUAACAAGGUCAAUAGUCAAGGUCGUGGUGACCUUCCAUGUAAAAAUCAUUUGCGUGUAAUAUCUUUAUGUCUCCCCCAUUCAUGGGGAGACAUUGUUUUUGCCCUGUCCGUCAGUCAGUCCAUCAGUCUGUCAGUCAGUCAGUCAGUACGUCACACUUCGUUUCCGCCCAAUAACUAUAGAACUCUUAGACCCAGGAACUUCAUACUUGGUAUGCUAGUUGGUCAUGACUAGUAGAUGACCCCUAUUGAAUUUGGGGUCACUAGGUCAAAGAUCAGGGUCAACGUGACCUUGAGGUGAAGAAACGGUUUCCACUCAAUAACUAAAGAUCCUUUGGGUCCAGGAACUUCAUACUUGGUAUGCUAGUUGUUCAUGACUAUUAGAUGACUCCUAUUGAUUUUGAGAUCAAAAGGUCAAAGGUCAAGGUUACCUUCAGGUAAAAAAUGUUAUGUUGGCAGUGACCUUAAGCUUAAAAAUGGUUUCUGCUCAAUAACUAAAGAAAGCUUGUACCCAGGAACUUCAUUGUUGUUCAUGACUAGUAGAUGACUCCUAUUGAUUUUGAGAUCAGUAGGUCAAUGGUCAAGGUCACCGUGACCUUGAGGUGAAGAAACUGUUUCCGCUCAAUAACUAGAGAACGCUUGCAACCAGGAAUUUCAUACUUGGUAUGCUAGUUGGUCAUGACUAGAAGAUGACCCAUAUUGAUUUUGAGAUCACUAGGUCAAAGGUCAAGGUUGCCAUGACCUUGAAGUGAAGAAAAAGUUUCCGCUCAAUAACUAAAGAUCCUUUGGUUUCAGGAACUUCAUACUUGGUAAGCUAGUUGUUCAUGACUAGAAGAUGACCCCUAUUGAUUUUCAGAUCAAAAGGUCAAAGGUCAAGGUUACCUUCAGGUAAAAAAUGAUACGUUGGCGGUGACCUUAAGCUUAAAAAUGGUUUCUGCUCAAUAACUUAAGAACGCUUGUACCCAGGAACUUCAUUCUUGGUACGCUAGUCGGUCAUGACUAGUAGAUGACCCCUAUUGAUUUUGAGAUCAGUAGGUCAAAGGUCAAGGUUGCCAUGACUUUGAGUUGAAGAAAUGGUUACCGCUCAGUAACUAAAGAACACUUGCACCCAAGAACUUAAUACUUGGUAUGCAAGUUGGUUAUGUAGAUGAUCCCUAUUGAUGUUGUGAUCAGUAGGUAAAAGGUCAUGGUCACGAUGACUGUGAGCUGAAAAAUGGUUUCCGAUCAAUAAUUGAAUAACGCUUGCACCCAGGAACUUCAUACAAUGCAAACUUCGUUUACAUUUUCCAUGAUUAAUCAACAACACUUUCUUCUCUUCACUAUUUAAUAUAAUCGAAUAAACCAAACUUCACUGUUGGUUUGUCUCCAGUCCAAAGUUACAAAUUUCAUGUCCAUCAUUUAUUUUUUCUCAGCUACGACCACACAAUAGGGGAGACAAGCGCUUUUUCAAAAAAGCAAUCUCUAGUUGAAUAGUGUUGUUAUAUAUCCACAUGCUACUUAUAGCAUGGUUAAGCUCCGCCUUGUUCUGAAAUGGUAGUUAAUGUAUGGACAAAAAGAAGAAAAAGAAAAAUCUCUCCAAUAUGGUGAAAAUGAGGAUGAAAUAUUCAACAUUUGUGUAUGUAGUAUAAUAACUAACCUUAAAUCUUUCACCUUGACCGGAGUAACAAAUCAUAUCAUACUUCAUUUUGAAAUGAACCAUAGUUUCAAGAGAUAGCGCUCGAACCUGUCACAUUUCAUAUAAAGUAUUGACCAGUUUGUUAAUUAGCAUUCAAAGUAUCACAAUUUUUUUGUUUGUUUUAUGUUCUGUUGAAAUAAAUUAUUUACU